CUCGUGGACAUGGUCUCUGAUGUUAUUGCACCUGUACAAUCACGAAAAAAGCAAGGUCAUCGCCGGCUCGCCCGGCCCUAGUCGUUUAGAUCCACAUUCAGUAUAUGUGACAUGCUCAGUGCUUGUUAUAGUCUGGUCAGUGACUACGUUCAAUGUUUCAACAACGUCCUCUCCAAUUUAAAUUUCUCACCAACAACACGCAUCUACUGGAAUCAGCCAACCUUUACGCACACCCAUCUCACUCAUUUUCUCAACAUUAUCCCCGCCGCACGACAUAUUUAUCCUCCGUGUUGGUAUUCCCCGACGUGGCUGCAAAAUUGAGUUUCUUUCUUAUUGGAUUUUAUUUCUUUCCGUUGACAGUAUUGACGUCUCGUCUCUUGUUACUGAUGGUGAUGAUCGUAUUUUCCGUCGCCUGCCUUACGAAGUUCAAACUUCCAGCACGUUCACACCCAAGGCUGUCGGCCGAAUAUCCCUCUCGCCUACGCACUUACACUACACCAGGCUCAGUGAGAGCUCAGAAGAAUUCUCGCAUUGUCGAUCGUGACUGAACGCGUGUCCUUCGUUAUGGGGCGUCUUCUUUCCCUCACAAAUAGUGGGCAUUCCAUGAGGACGAUAGUAACGUGCGGUUGUCUUGUUUGUUAGGGGGAUCGUGGAGCCUGCCUGACAGCAGUUUGCGUGCGGAUCACUGCAUCAACUUGUCACGGUCCCACUUCACAAAGAAUUCUAGAG